AUUUUCUAAGGGAGGAAAUGCCUUAACUGGUAAUUAAAACGUCAGAUUCCUUGUCCUGCUUUUCUCCCUCGGAGUAAACUAAAAAUGAUUUUGACCUGCCAGGGCCGCUCAACUCUGUGAAACUCACAUUGUUUGCCUACUGUUGGAGGGCCUCGUUAGGGGGUAAAUUUGCUUUUUCUGUGUUUGCCAGUGACGACUCCUGUCUGUCUCUUACCGGAACUUGCUGUUUGGAUUGUCUCCUUUCUUAACUGGCCAGUUUUAAACAGUUCAGGCCGUUAAUUAUUUUUCCUGGUCUCCGAUCUUUUUCUGUUAUGCUUGAGUUUUCUAGUAUUGGGCAGUGAGGGUGCUGGUCCCUGAGAUACUGCCUAGUUAGGGUUGGGCAGUUUGCCCGAAUUGGUUGGGCCUCCCAGGGCCUGGGAUCUCUGUGCUUUAACAAAUGAGCUACAGUUCUCAAGAGAUCAGGGAAGCUUGUUUGUUGAUCCUGAAUUCUCCUCCAGAGGAAGUCAGUCUUUGAGAAUGGCUAAGGAAGGGGUGUUUGUGAACCGAAGUUUAGCCAUGGAAAAAAUCAAGUGUUUUGGUUUUGAUAUGGAUUACACUUUGGCUGUGUACAAGUCCCCGGAGUACGAGUCCCUGGGCUUUGAGCUGACGGUGGAGAGACUGGUUUCUAUUGGCUAUCCUCAGGAGCUGCUCAGCUUUGCCUACGACUCCACCUUCCCUACCAGGGGACUCGUCUUUGACACACUGUAUGGGAAUCUUUUGAAAGUCGAUGCCUAUGGAAACCUCUUGGUCUGUGCACAUGGAUUUAACUUCAUAAGGGGACCAGAAACUAGAGAGCAGUAUCCAAAUAAAUUUAUCCAACGAGAUGACACGGAAAGAUUUUACAUUCUGAACACACUGUUCAACCUGCCAGAGACCUACCUGUUGGCCUGCCUAGUAGACUUUUUUACUAAUUGUCCCAGAUACACCAGUUGCGAUGCAGGAUUCAAAGAUGGAGACCUCUUCAUGUCCUACCGGAGCAUGUUCCAGGAUGUGAGAGACGCCGUCGACUGGGUUCACUACAAGGGCUCUCUUAAGGAAAAGACAGUGGAAAAUCUUGAGAAGUAUGUAGUCAAAGACGGAAAACUGCCUCUGCUUCUGAGCCGGAUGAAGGAAGUGGGGAAAGUAUUUCUUGCCACCAACAGUGACUACAAAUACACAGACAAAAUUAUGACUUACCUGUUUGAUUUCCCACAUGGCCCCAAGCCCGGGAGCUCCCAUCGGCCAUGGCAGUCCUACUUCGACUUGAUCUUGGUGGAUGCCCGGAAACCGCUCUUUUUCGGAGAAGGCACAGUCCUGCGCCAGGUGGACACGAAAACCGGGAAGCUGAAGAUCGGGACCUACACCGGGCCCCUGCAGCACGGCAUCGUCUACUCGGGAGGUUCUUCGGAUACAAUCUGUGAUCUGUUGGGCGCCAAGGGCAAAGACAUUUUGUACAUCGGAGACCACAUUUUUGGGGACAUUUUAAAAUCCAAGAAGAGACAAGGGUGGCGGACUUUCCUGGUGAUUCCAGAGCUUGCGCAGGAGCUGCACGUCUGGACCGACAAGAGCUCACUUUUCGAAGAGCUCCAGAGCUUGGAUAUUUUCUUGGCUGAACUCUACAAGCACCUUGACAGCAGUAGCAACGAGCGCCCAGACAUCAGUUCCAUCCAGAGGCGGAUUAAGAAAGUGACGCACGACAUGGACAUGUGCUAUGGCAUGAUGGGAAGCCUGUUCCGCAGCGGCUCCCGGCAGACGCUCUUCGCCAGUCAGGUGAUGCGCUACGCCGACCUGUACGCGGCCUCCUUCAUCAACCUGCUCUACUACCCGUUCAGCUACCUCUUCAGAGCCGCCCACGUCUUGAUGCCCCACGAGUCCACAGUGGAGCACACACACGUAGACAUCAACGAGAUGGAGUCUCCCCUCGCCACCCGGAACCGCACGUCCGUGGACUUCAAGGACACCGACUACAAGCGGCACCAGCUGACCCGCUCGAUCAGUGAGAUUAAGCCCCCCAACCUCUUUCCGCUGGCCCCCCAGGAAAUCACACACUGCCACGACGAGGACGACGACGAGGAGGAGGAGGAGGAGGAGGAGGAGGAGGAGGAGGAGUGAGGAGGGGAGCCACAGCCCUGGGAGCCCGGGAAGCAAGUCCCGGCAGGACUCGGGAGCCAAGGGGGCCCUGUGUGGUUCUGCUGGGGCGGGGGCUCCCUCAGGUGCGCCUGGAGAGUGCUGAGGACGUUAAAAUGCUCUAACCCUGGA